GAAGUGACAAUGGUUGUGUUGUGGGCUCUUGUUGUGGUGGAGGCCUGCCUCUCCGCCCUGGUGCUCUGCUGUGAUGUGAUGGAGCACGGGGGGAGUCAUGUGUGCGGGGCCUGGGCCCCCGGAGACAUCAUGAUCGGAAUUCUGCUGCCCUGUCACGGCUCCAUCAAGAACCUGGCCACACGGACCAGCCCCGAGAGAUACCAGUGCUCAGAUUUUGAGCUAGUGCCCUUCAUGAGGACGUUGGCAGCGAUAUAUGCCAUCGAAGAGGUGAAUGCAGCUGGAAUCCUCCCUGUGAGUCUUGGGUACAUGAUGUGUGACACCUGUAGCCAUCCCAGCACAGCCCUGCAGAAUGUGCAGCUAAUGCUAGCACACAACCACACCCUGCGUACCCAGUGUGACUACACUGACUACAGCCCUGAAGUCAAGGCCAUUUUAGGAGCGCGGUACUCCGAGACGUCCAUAGCUGUGGCCAAACUUCUCAGUGUCUACAUGGUCCCUUUGCUGAGCAGCACCUCCUCCUCUCCAGCUCUGAGUGAUAAACUGAGGCAACCAGGCUUCCUGCGCACAGUCCCCAGUGAUGUGCACCAGACCAGGGCCCUGACUCAGCUCAUGUCUCACUUCAGCUGGAAUUGGGUGGGUGUUGUCUACAUAGACGAUUCUUAUGGCAGAGCAGCUUUGCAAGGCUUUCUCCAAGACGCACAGAGGGCCAAUGUGUGUGUCGCCUACCAGGAGGUGUUGCCCUUCCAGUUUGACCCUGAGCACAACGGCCCUGAAGUGCAGCGUGUGGUCAGGCAGAUCCGCUCCUCCACUGCAAAGGUGGUCCUUCUCAUUCUUAAAGGAAACCAGGUAGAAGCUAUCUUUAAGGAGAUGAUCAAGACCAACACUCAGAAGAUUUGGCUGGCCAGUGACACCUGGGCUGUACACGGGCCCCUGGCUCAGAUGGAAGGCAUCAACCAAGUCGGAGAUAUUUUGGGCUUUAUGUUUAUUAAAGGAAAAAGUGAAUCCUUUGACAAUUAUCUAAGAAACCUGAGCGCUCCUCAGGGAGGGUACAACCACUUCAUUGAAGAAUACAAGAACCUUCGGUUCAACUGUACCCCUGAAUGUUCCCAAGAGAACCCCCCCUCACACUGCCCCUCCCCUGAACUUCGCAAACUGAAGUCUCUUAAAGCCUGUGAGUCCAGUAGUGAUCCACAGGCCCAGAAUGAUGACUAUUUAGUGAAGACUCUAGACACUGGAGAGGCCUUUUUAGAAAGAGCGGGCGUCUGGGUUGUGGCUCAUGCUCUGAAGAAAGUACUGCAGUGCAACAGUUCUGGAUGCACAGGACAAACUGACUUUCCACCAUGGAAGCUUUUGGAGGAAAUGAAAAGAGUCAAUUUUGAGUAUGAAAACCAGACAUUCUACUUUGAUGAGAAUGGUGAUUCUCUGAAUGGUUAUGAUGUCAUAAUGUGGAAAAAAGAUGGUAAUCGCAGGACAUUUACAAAAAUUGGAAGAUACCGUGCUCUUGAUGGAUUAAUCAAAAUAGAAGAAACUAAUUUAGCUUGGCUUUCAACAACCAAUUCCACAGUGCCUGUUUGCAGGUGCUCACCGCGAUGUCCACCUGGGAAAUACAAGAAGAUUAAUACCAUCUCCUGUUGCUACAAGUGUGUUGACUGUGAGGAGGGCAUGUUCACAGACGGCUUUGACCAUGAAGAAUGCAAAGUCUGUCCAAAUGAUACGUGGUGUCUGAAAGGAGCGGACCGCUGCAUCCCCCGAGAGGAGUCCUACCUGAGCUGGGGCGAUGCUCAUCCCAUUGCCAUAAUGGUCGCUACAGGGGUUGGCUUCCUGACCUUGCUGGUUGUUUUCAUUCUUUUUUGGGUCUACAGAAACUCCUCUGCAAUGAAAAGAGCGGAGGUUUCCAUCUCCACUGUCAUGAUGGCUGGUUUGUUUGUUAGCUUCGCAAGUGUCAUCUGCUUUAUGGGGAGGCCCAGUAUCCACCUGUGCAGAGCCCGCCAGGUCAUGUACGCUCUUGGCUUCACCAUGUGUGUCUCCUGUGUCCUCGUCAAAGCCUACCGCACGUUCUUGGAGUACCUGCCUCUUGGGCGGGAGCUCCGUCGCAGACUGGACAAGCUCUACCAGCCGGCUGCAGUCAUCAGCGUUUUAACAAUCCUCCAGGGAAUCAUCUGUUGUCUUUGGCUCGUCUUCGACUCUCCCGACGUCGCCCGCACGACCCCCUCUCCGCUGAAUUUGAAGAAGGUCAUGCGGUGUCACGAGGGCAACACCUACAUCGGGUUUGGAGUCAUGCUGAGCUACAUCGCCUUUUUAGCACUGGUUGGUUUCUUCUUGGCGUUUAAGGGCCGAAACGUUCCUCAGCAGUUCAGCGAAACAGGCUACAUUAUCUUCAGCAUGGUCAUGUACUUGUUUGUUUGGGUAUGCUUUGUCCCUGUCUACAUCACCACUAAGGAAGAGAGAACAGCUGUCCAGGCAUCUGCAAUUCUUAUUUCCAAUUAUGGUAUUAUCUUUUGCCAUUUUAUCCCAAAGUGUUACGAAGCAAUAUGGGGGCCAGAUACGGACACCAUGGAAAGGUUUUAUAGUAGAAUGAGGGGAGUGGCUAAUGGGACACGUCCCUCGGUAAAUCCAAUUGUACUUCCUCACAUUGACCUCCCGUCAGUCCAUACAAUCUUUGAUGAUAAUAUAAGCAACCAUUCACAAGUAAAUAACUCCAGCCCCACCCAAAACGAGGAGUCCUCUGUUCAAGAUGAUACAAACAGCCCCGAUCCGGUCUUCACUCGCCCUUGUCACUACUCUCUGAGAUACAGGCGUCUGAACACGGAAAGACGAGUUAGACUUAGAAGCAACUCCUGUUAAAAGUGUUAUUCUGUUGUUUACUUGUCUAAAGGUGGAAUAUUGAGGGGGAUCAUCAUCUGCUAGACUUUAAGGAGACGUUACAGCAAUGCCUGUAAUGUUCCACAAUGUGUUAGACUUGGACUUAGACAAACUUUAUUGAUCCACAAGGAAAAUUAUUUGGACACAGUAGCUCACACAUCACAAUAUAAUAUAAUAACAAAGAGUAAAAAAUAUACAUUGAAAUAAUGAAUUCUAAAUAAGUAUGGCAAAAGGAGAAAAUCAAUUUGUCGACUGGACAAAAGUUUAUUUGGUCAAAUGCGUUUCACAGCUCAUCCAACUUGCUUCUUCAGUUCUGGUCGGAAUGCUGUUGGACACCUCUUUAUACCUGCCUGAACGGAGGAGCUAACUACAGUGAAACUACUCUGAAACUAACACAUAUAAGUGUCUACCAGCAUUCCCAGCAGACUGAAUAAGCAUCUUGGAUGAGAUGUGGAACGUUAUGUGACCAAAUAAACUUUGGUCCAGUUGACAAAUUGAAUUUUUCCUUUUGCCAUGGAUUCUACCUAGACGACAGGGAUUGUACACACGUAAAUAAGUAGAAAAAAAAGCAAGAGACAGGUGUCAAAUAAGACAUACCCUAAGUCGCUCCGGAGUAUAAAUCGCACUAACCAAAAAAUGUGUAAUGAAGAAAAAAAACAUAUAUAAGUCACACUGGACUAUAAGUUGCACUUUUUGGGGGAAAUGUAGUUUAUAAAAUCAGAGACCAGGAACUGACAGUUCAUCUUGAAAGGCAAGUUCUAGUAAUAACAAUAGAACAGAGAACAACAGACUGUUAACGUCACAUAUGAACAGUUCUUCAGAUAAUUAUAACAUAAACAACAGAACAAGUUUACCAAACUCUCCAUCUCACUCCAAAUCACUAAAUCCAUUGAAUUCUUCAUCCUCUGUGUCACUUCUGAACAACUCUGCAACCUCUGGAGGUAAACAGAGCGCCGCUUGUGUAGCUGUCGUCAGACUCAGCAUCAGUUCCAGUUAGAAUUAUUCCUGCCCUUCUGAAUCCUGACAGGAUGGUUUCGGUUUUCUUUAUGUUUGUUUACAUUUUAAAUUGUCAGUGAUAUCGAAGUAAUGGUGCGAUCGACUGACAUGACACAGGCAGGACAACGGCUCUUUCUCUUUCUUCUGCAGCCGACAUGCGCAGUACAGAGUGUGAAGUGAUAAUAGUACAGGAGUACAUCAGUCUAGAGCCUCUCGUGACUGUCAGAGUGAACAUUUUAACAUAUAAGUCACACCACAGUAUAAGUCGCAGAACCACCCAAACCAUUAAAAAAAGUGCGACUUAUAGUCCAAAAUACGGUAAUUAUAUAAAUGUAAAUAUACAAGUCAAAAUAAAAUAGAAAAAUAAGUAAUAAAAUAUAAAAUUUCAGCUACAUACAAUAGGUCAUAGGAGCAAUGAUAUGAUGAUUGACAGGACAUAGGGGUUAUCCGUUACAUUAGAGUGAAUUGUUGUGCAGUUGUAGGGAGUAUUAUCUGUUACAUAGCUUAAAAAGGUAGCGGUUUACAGGAAAAACCUCAGGAGCUGCUUUACCCUGCUGGUUCUUUCUCAGUGAGAACUAUUGCUGUACUCUAGUCUGUUAUUUUAAUUUAAUUUUAUUAUUUUUUGUGGCUUACUGAGGGGUCAAGUUCUCCAAGGUCCAGCUCAUUUCACAGCAAUAUGCACGGGUUUAAACUAGAAUCGACUUUUCACGUAUAAGACAACUAACAACUAACAACUGUUGCCUUUUUGCUCUUGCUUAUUAUUACAAUUUUUUAUGUGUUUGUUUUGUAACGUAUUUAGAAUUGUACUCUAUAUCCUCCUGGGACCUGAAAAAAAGUGUAUUGCAGUGUAUGUAUUUUUUGUGAUUUUCUGUUUGGACGUAAAUGAACACCUUCGCAUUUAGAUUUUGUUCAUUUUAUUUUUAUUUAUAAUUUUAUAACAUGUCCUCUGUAACGAACGCAGGGGACAUUUCACUUCUACAGUCAGUUUUUAGACUCUGUUAAUUUCUUUUUUCUUUUUAUAUUUUUUUUAUUAUCAUAGUGCGGCCACAAACUAAUAUUAAUACUAUUUAAUCCAUUUUUUAUCAAGGACAUGAUUGGGCUGGGGGAUUGUAGGGUAAUAUUUAGGCAGAGGAACCUUGUCCUCCCUUUAAAAGUCUAUCUCAAAACACUUAAAAGACAAACUGGUUAACUCAGUGUCCACUAGGGCACAUUAUUUGCCCAACUUUUUGAAAAAUUGUUUGAAAAUCAAUCUGUACCUAGUAUCAAUAUUUUAUUUUACACUUGCUAAAGUAAACUUCCAUGAGAAAUUUCAUGAAAUUCUAUUGAUGUUUACUGGGUCCACCGAGCCUCAGAAGUUUAGUGCCUUAAAUCUGAGCUGAAAAAUCUGUGUUUCUUUAAUAACGUCCUUAACCUUUCUGGAAACUUGGGUUUACCAAACCCUGAGCCGUACCUGUCAUUGAGACACUGUCACUCUCUGAUCACUACAGAAAAAACAAACUUUAUGUCUCUCAUUUCAUCUUUGGCCUUUGUGGAUAUUGGAUAAUUAUGAAAAAAAUACACAAUUUUGACAAAAUUAUCAUAUCUUAGAAAGUUAUGGAGAUAGAGAUAUAAAAUUACCAAAAGAUGCACAAUAGCAACAUUUAUAUUCAACUUUCAUUGACACCAUAGACUUAAAUGCAUUAUUUUUGAAGUUAUUUGAGAAAAACUGAUUUUUCUGCCAGAGCCUUUUGGACACCUUUAGGAUGGAACUCAAGAGUCUUGGUGGACCCAGUAGAUUUUAUUCAAUUCAGCUAAUAUUCCACAGAUCUUCUUUUAUUUGAUAUUGUCACGUUUUAAAAUUGGGUACAAGUUGAAUUUCUGACAUUGGGGCAAAUGAUGCAGCCUAAUGUCCUCUGUAAAGGACAUAAAUAAAUGGGCCGGGUCUCAGGAGGAUAUGACCACUUUAAAACCUGAUUGUAUUUGUACACUUAUUUUAUUUGUGUAUUCACAUUUUAUUCCUUUUUACUGUGACAUUUUGGAAAACUUCUGAACUAUUUUGUUAGUACUUUACUUUAAAAGGCCUAUGUUUUUAUUUAUAAGUUGGGUAAAUUGUAUAUUUCUUAGCUUUUUGCUGCUAUAUGUUAUGGAUGUGUAUA